AUGGCUCCUACCAAAGAAUCGUCGCGUGCUGGUAUUCACCUCCCCAAAGGCUUCCAAUACGACGAAGUCAACUUUGAUCCUACCCCUCCCCCUCCAAGAGACGAGCCAGAUCCUCCUCUGGGCAUCUUGGAUAGCUUCACCGGAUCCUGGACCGGGCCUGGCUUCAACACCAUCUUCCGACCAAACUCCGUCUCCCCCACUACUACCACCUUCACCAAUCCCGUCCUCCCUGCCCCUCCCUCGCCUCCCAAUGUCUCAGUCCUUGAACUCAAUCUGACGCAAGAGGAUAUGGUGUUUUCUCAACCUCUGGGAAAGGUUCCAAACCGUGGUCUUGAGCAGCAGAAUGACAUUAUUAUCAAUGGUGUCACGUAUCUCCAGACCGUCAAUGAUGUUACCAACACAGCUACCGGCAAGGCCGACGGUACUAAGACGGGUAUUCAUACUGAGACCGGCUUCUGGUUAAACGUUCCUCCGACGAAGAAUAACCCCGUGGAGGGGAACACGCUUGUCCGUCUUGGCUCUAUCCCUCACGGAACUACCAUCAAUGCACAGGGCAACCCCCCCGACGUGACCCAGGGGGCGCCAGAUAUCGGUCCACGACCUAUCACUCCUUUCGUCAUUGGGGACAAGGGGAAUACUCAGGUCAAGCCCAGCCAGACAGCCUCCCUUAACAACACAGCACGUCUACCCCAGGAUCUCACCCUGUUCAUUCAACAGGGAACGAUCACCCAGGCUAUUCUCGACAACCCAAUCCAGAUUCUUCUUGACAUCAACAGCCAGCUCAAUAUAACCAAGACCAGCACUUUCACAGUCUCUACCCAGUUUGAUCCAACCCCAGGCGGCGGUACAGCCAACAUCGCUUUCCUCGUCGGAGCGAGUUCCCAAGGCCCCAACGCGAAUGCUGUGCAGAUGGACUCUACAUUUUGGGUCGAGACGAUCAAGUCCGAGAUCACGGUUCAAAACUACACGCCUGGAAAACCUCUUCUUCUGCAGCCAGCCUAUAAGCAGGGCCAGGGCAAGACGCCUCCUCCGCUGCCGACAUUCUCUGUCACGCCUCCUGGGCCUGUCACUGGCCCUAAGACGAUCCCUGUGACUUAUACGCAGAUUCAGUACUCGCAGACUGUUUUCCUUAAUUUUAAUGGGUUGACUUGGCCGCAUUUGUCGCUGGCUACGUUGGUGCCUUCUCAGCCUAUCGAGGUGGACUAUCCCUCAUCUAAAUGA